AUGCAGCACUUAAAGGGUAAGCUCAGAGGUGAAGCCGAGCGCCUAAUACAACACUUGCAUAUAUCUUCAGAAAACUAUGACUCCGCGUGGAAAAUAUUAGUUCAUCGUUAUGAUAAUCAGCAAGUCCCCUUUACGAAGCACAUUGAAACUCUUAUAAAUCAACCUAACAUCCAAAAACAAUCAUCAACAGAACUCAAACGACUCCACGAUGUAUCAAUGGAAUGCAUUCAUGGUGUUUUCAAUAUGGGGAUUGACACUAGCUCUUGGGAUCCGAUUCUGGUACACCUUGUAGCAAAGAAAUUAGAUACAACAACGUACAGUGAUUAUAUGGAGUCAAGAAAAGCCCCACGGGAACUACCUGAUUUGGAUAAGUUUAUGGCGUUUAUGGAAGCCAAAUUUACAGCCCUAGAGCCAAUGAAUAGAAAAGAGCAGAUAGUCGAAACAUCGAAUUUUAAUAAAAAUAACCAUGUGUCAAAAUUCAAACAACGUUAUUACCAAAAACCUGCAAUUUAUGAGAAUAGAGAUACAUCAUUUAAAAAAUCAUUUUAUGUAAACUCCAAAUUUAUACCUACUUGUCCUUUAUGCAAACAAAAUCACGCAUUGUUUCAAUGCAAAAGAUUCGAAGUCAUGACACCUGAAAUGAAAUUACAUACCAUUUCGAAACUACACAUAUGCGAAAACUGUUUAUACGUGCAUAAAUAUGAAUGCAAUUCUGAAAAACGAUGCAAAGAGUGCAACUAG